GAGAAAGAGAGAGAGGGAGAGCGAGACUUGCACACACUCUCAUAGUAAAGCGGAGGCAACUGCGCUUUUACACCAGCCACGCAUUUUGCGCGUGAGUACUGUGAUUUACACGGAUUGAAGAAUUACAUUUCGACCAAAACUUUACACUUUUUGUGGGGGAGGAUUUUCGCCUCGCUCGGAACUCCGGUUCUUUCUGGUACGACUUACAGAAUCGGACAUGAAGCAGUUGAAUGGAUUACGAGGCGGUGUUUUACGCUUUCGGAACUGACACGGACUGUCGCGACUCACAUUUAUGAAUCUGUUGUGAUUAAACUGCCCAGGUUUAAACAUGGAGGCUCCUUCCAGCUUUCAGCCGCAUCCAGGACUUCAGCAAACUCUCAAGCAGUUUCACUUGAGCUCCAUGAGCUCCCUCGGCGGACCGGCAGCCUUCUCGGCCCGGUGGCAGCAGGACAUGCUGUUCAAAAAGGACGGUAAGAGCGCCGAGGUGCUCGUGAACCUCCCCGCGCAGACGCCCCCGGUCAUGCCGGGACCCCUGUUCAUCCCGUCCGACCGCUCCACCGAGAGGUGCGAGACGGUCCUGGAGCGGGAGACUAUUUCGUGCUUCGUGGUGGGCGGCGAGAAGCGCCUGUGCCUGCCGCAGAUCCUCAAUAGCGUCCUGCGAGACUUUUCCCUCCAGCAGAUCAACUCUGUGUGCGACGACCUGCACAUCUACUGCUCCAGGUGCACGGCGGACCAGCUGGAGAUCCUCAAAGUUAUGGGCAUCCUGCCCUUCUCGGCCCCCUCGUGCGGACUCAUCACACAAACAGACGCCGAGCGCCUCUGCAAUGCCCUCAUCUACGGCGGCACGUUCCCCCCGCACGCCGACAAAGAGUUGUCCUGCUCCAUUGAGCUGGAGCGCACAGAGAAGAGCUUCAAAGUUUACCACGAAUGCUUUGGGAAGUGCAAGGGCCUGUUCGUACCCGAACUCUACACCAGCCCCAACGCGGCGUGCAUACAGUGCUUGGACUGCAGGCUCAUGUUCCCGACCCACAAGUUCGUGGUGCACAGUCAUAAAAGGCUGGAGAACAGAACCUGUCACUGGGGCUUCGACUCGUCCAACUGGAGGGCUUAUAUUCUUCUAGAUCAAGACUAUAGCGAGAAAGAGGAGAACAGCACACUGCAGCAGCUCCUCACUGAGUUAAAGGGAAAAUUUGAAAUGGGGAACAAGCACAAGACAUCUUACAAGGCAUACAGUCCUAUUCCCUCCAAAAAGCUUAAACAUGAUCGCUCCAGAUCGCCAUCAGCAGAUAGAGAGAAGCCAGCUGAUUGGCUACAGUCUCUGGCGGCUUCUGCUAACAAGGAUCUUAAGCAGCUCCAGUUCAAGCAGAGACCUUCAGCCUUCAGGCCCUGGUCUCCCAGAGUUCCCUCUGCUGAGCGAGAGACUCCCAAUCACAAGUAUGAGAGAUCGCUCGCUAAAACGCAAGACAAUCUGGCAGUUCCAAAUGUGUCUCUGCCCAUUGCUGCCUUCAAAAAUAAUGAGCAGCCAGCACACCGUUUCUCUCAGCCCACUGAGAGCCACAACACAGGCAAGACGGAGAGCUCCAGGCCAAGAAAGAGAUGGCCGUCAGCAGAGAGACAAUCACAGCCAGCCACCAAAACCUCUCUGUGCACUCCAAUCAAACAGCGGCUGCAGGAGAACCACGACUCAGAUGAGGAAAUCCAGGUGGACAACUGUGCUGAAGUUGCUGUCUCUCGUUCGCUGAUGUCUCCUCCCUUCACCAAUGGUGUCGGGGUGAUGACCCUCAGCCCUCACAGCUCUGCAGAGGUGCAUGAUGGGAGGGCGAGACUGGCAGCGGGUCAUUGUUCAGAGCUGGAGCUCCUCAAGCAGACGCUCAGCAGUGACCUGAGCUCCAAAGAGGCCAGAGAGAAGUUCCUGCAGGAGAUCAUCCGCAUGAGGGUGAAGCAGGAGGAGAAACUGGCAGCCGCUCUGCAAGCCAAACGCAGCCUGCAGCAGGAGCUGGAGUUUGUCAGGGUGACUAAGAAGGGCCGGCUGAGGGAGGCCAUCGAAGCCAAGCGGAACCUAAGGAAGGAGAUCGAGCGCCUCCGUGUGGAGUGUGAGAAGAAGGUGCGGGACGCCAGCGAGUCCUGCGACAGGCUGAAGAGGGAUUUGGACAGAGAGAGACGGACCCGUGUCUGUGACAAGAACUGUGAAGCAGGACGUCUGAGGGCCAAAUACUCCUCACAGAUUGAGGAUCUGCAGAUGAAGCUCCAGCAGGCAGAAGUGGACCGUGAACAGCUGAGAGAAGACCUGCUGAAGGAACGAGACGCCCGACAAAACCUGGAGCGGGUCGUAAAAGAGCUUCAGGAGCAACUGGGCCACAAAGCAGAAACGGAGGCUAACACACAGCCCACCAAAGGAGAUCAAGACAUUUCUUAAACAUUCACACUAAUGAGUUUAGACUUUGAUUUGAGGAUGAGUAGAGGACGCCUCUAAAGCCUCAUGGAAAAAAAAACUACCGUACUGCAGCACAGAAGAAUGGUAAAGAAACGAAUUCACAGCGUACGUUUACCAAAUGAACUGAAUCAUGAACUCAAGAAACUGGAAAAGGAAACGUAAACGUGUGAAACAGACUCGCCUUCAGUUAGCUUCUCAAAGCUAAUCGAAGGAAACUAUUUUGUUAUAAGCUAUUUAAAAAAAUUUUCGCAAAGAUACUUGAAGAAUAUUUGGGAAGCGAGCGUGUUUUCUAUUCACUUUGCGCUGACAGUAGCAGGCCAACGAUCUGCUAGUGCCACCGAGACUCUGUAAACUAGAAAGUGUUACAAGCCAGAAUUCUACAUAGCACACCGGUGUUGUCAUUAUCAUUGUUUGCUCGCUUUCAUUUGACCUUUUUUGGUUUGUUUUGGCUGUUGUAUUGAAAUAGUUUGCAUGUGCGACCAUGCUAUGGUGCAGAAAAGCUUUAUUAUAAACCUACGUUCAUUUUUAUUAUGGUAUGUUUAAUUAUCAUGUACUUAAAACCCUAUAGUAUUGACGUCGAUCAAUAUGAGAUGAAUCCUUACCCUCUCUCCUGAACUUCAGUAUCAAGUAUUAAUUGCUUUAAUUAUCGCUAUUUUAAACAGUCUAAGCGACUGGCAUCACUCCACGCUCCAUUUCGACGGUAAAAUGAAUGUUUUGUUGGUUCAGAAUCGGAAUUAAGUGACAGAAAUCAAUUAUCAGUCACUCCUUUUAGGGCUUGUUUAAGGUAUAAAAAAAGAAGCUGUUAAAGAAAAUAACAUUUCUACUUAUAUAGAAAAUAAGGAUAUAUAUUUUUUUACUUUCUACCAAAAAAAAAA